AUGGAACCAGGAAAUGAUACACAGAUUUCAGAAUUUCUUCUUUUGGGGUUUUCAGAGGCACCAGAAUUGCAGCUGCUCAUACUUGGGCUUUUCAUCUCCAUGUACCUGAUCACUGUGUGUGGAAACCUGCUCAUCAUUUUGGCCACAAUCUCAGACUCCCACCUGCACACCCCCAUGUACUUCUUCCUCUCCAACCUGUCCUUAGCUGACAUCUGUUUCACCUCCACCACUGUCCCAAAGAUGCUGGUGAACAUCCAGACACAGAGCAAGGUCAUCACCUAUGCAGGCUGCAUCACCCAGAUGUUCUUUUUCAUACUCUUUGGAGAGGUAGAUGACUUUCUCCUGACUGUGAUGGCCUAUGACAGGUAUGUGGCCAUCUGUCACCCUCUGCACUACACUGUCAUCAUGAACUCCUGGCUCUGUAGACAACUGGUUCUGGCUUCAUGGACCAUGAGUGUCCCGUAUGCUUUAUUACAUAGCCUAAUGGCAUUGAGGCUGUCCUUCUGUACACAUGUUGAAAUCCCCCACUUUUUCUGUGAAUUUGAUCAGGUGAUCUACCUUGACUGUUCUGAGACCUUUUCUAAUGACAUGGUGAUCUAUUUUGGAUCUGUGCUGCUGGAUGGUGGUCCCCUCACUGGGAUCUUUUACUCUUACUCUAAGAUCAUUUUUUCUAUUUGUGCAAUCUCAUCAACUCAGGGGAAGUACCAAGCAUUUUCCACCUGUGCUUCUCACCUCUCAGUUGUCUCCUUAUUUUAUUGUACAGGCCUUGGUGUGUACCUUAGUUCUGGUGCUACCCACAGGUCACACUCAAGUGCAGCAGCCUUGGUGAUGUACAGUGUUUUCACCCCCAUGCUGAACCCCUUUAUCUACAGUCUGAGGAAUAAGGACAUAAAGAGGGACCUAAAAAAAUUAUUUAGAGGAAAGUUAUAUGUCCCGACCCGGGGAGACAUCCGAACAGACUACACGACAAUUAAGACCCAAACUGGAAUUAGAUACCCCACUAUGCUUAAUUGUAAACCCAGAGGAGCCUGUCCUGUAAUCGAUAAACCCCGAUAUACCUCACCAUCCCUUGCUAAUUCAGCCUAUAUACCGCCAUCUUCAGCAAACCCUAAAAAGGACGACAAAGUCCAUAUCGACAAUAGGGUUUACGACCUCGAUGUUGGAUCAGGACAUCCCAAUGGUGCAACCGCUAUUAAUGCUGAAACCAAUCGAGCACCAUUUGAUUUAGCAGAAGGGGAGUCAGAACUAGUAUCAGGGUUUAACGUAGAAUACGCAGCAGGUCCAUUUGCCCUGUUCUUCAUAGCAGAAUAUAUGAAUAUCAUUAUAAUAAAUGCCUUAACAACAACAAUUUUCCUCGGACCUUUCCACGACAACUCA